AUGUUCGCCCCCAAAGCAAGCCUUGCGAGGGCUGAACAACGACUAGAUGUGGACAUCACUUCAAGGGUGUGUGCAUACACUCUAGGAGAUAUGAGAACGGCGCAUGAGUCGCCAUAUGCAGACCGGCUUCUGGACGUCCACGGAGAGCGCGCAUCCAUGGACAUCGAGUCAAGCCCCGCCCAGCGUGACUCGCAACAUACGAACAAGAUUUUGCUCGCAGAUAUCUUCCAAUUUCUCAUGAUGACAGCGGCAUGGCGAUUGUCCUCCGAGGACCUGAUCUCUGCCUGGUUUCAUAAGAACGCCCAUGCCUUUGUCUCAGCCCGCCGCCAACAUUCAAGUGUCCCACGCGAUUUCCACGUGUGGGCGCGCGUGAGUAUGUAUUUGGAACUCAGCUCUCUUGUUGAGAAACACGAACCCGCAUUCGAGCAGGCCAAUAUCCUUCGGGUCAUGCUCAGUGACCACGAAACGCCACAAGGGUGA